GCCUAAUCGGCUAAUGGCCGACCUAAGCCAGAAGUAGAAGUAGAGAUUUCUAAAACAAAGUUUACGGUGUCUAAGAAUGAUAAAGCUGUCAGCACAUCUGAGCUUGACCUGAGACAAUUUCACGAAAGGUUGUUCUGGUACGAGAAAGGCGUCAGUUACGGUGAACUAUGGACAUUGAAGGGAAUUACCAAAGUUCUGCAGCACAGCAACGGACAUGCCCUCAGUCCAGCACAAAGACUCCUGUCCCCUCAAGAACCGAUGGGAUCUUAGGCACACGUUCUGGACCUCGACCACCUGUCCCAAAGAAACCCCCGAUUGCCCAUGUCAAACCUCUCAUUCCACGGAGCACCUCAUCUCCUGGCACUCCUCCUGAGAAACCAGACUCUCCAGGCAAUUUGGGAAUUUCUCCAGGAGUUCCACGGAAGGUUCCACCACCAUUACCUAAGGUGCCCCCUAAGGGUGGAUCCAGCAGUUCUAAUUCUUCUCCUUUGACAAAGAAAGGUGUCCCUUCCCCGGCCCUGAAUGGCAGUGCCACCAGACCAGUAGGGCAGAAGGAAAAUGAUAGUUCCUUGUCUUUGUCUACUUUAGCAAUAGAAAAUGAAAGUGAAAAUGACAGUUUUACCAAGUCUUCAAUCAGCUCAAAUGGAAAUAGUCCAGGCAGGAAUAACACCACUAGUGUCAGCAUUACCUCAGAGUCGGAUAUCGGGGAUCUGUCUUUGAAUGCUGCUGGUACAUUCUUUGAUGAGGUCAUGUCUGCCAUUAGUCUCAACCAUGGAGAUUUGGUUAAAGAUUAUGGGGAUUGUAAUGCUGAAGAAGACAAACUAUCCAUAAAAAAUAUAAAUACUGAACAAUGUGCAGGAUUCCAGGAGGAAAAUUCCAUUCCCGUUUCUCUAUCUAUUGAUGAGAAGGGAGACAAAAAUGAAAAAGACAUUUUCUCAAGCACCGUUCUAAAAGAUAAUAUCUCUGUCAAUACCUCCACAUCUCCACCUCGACCAUCUCUGAAACCAAAACCAAUGAAAAGACUUUCUUUAACAACACACACUGAAUACUCAAUGAAAGACUGGAAAACUGAAGAUGAUCUUGUACAAUCAGGUCCUGGGCAAAGAUGUUCUUCUAAUGAACGGCCAGCUGUCAGACCAAAGCCUGUUCCACGUAAGAGACUGCCCAUGCCUAAUUUAAGCAGUAUAGAAAACAUUGAAGAUUUCUCCAUUUCUAAAUCACCAGGUUGUGAAAACAAAGCUAAGAACACUUCUAAGGAGCAGCAGCCCUCCAACCAGGUGGAAUCUCCACCACAAUUACCCAUCAAAUCCCAUUCGAGGGUAAAAGGAAGGCUUUCACUAGAUACCUAUUUUCAAAGACCAAGUGUAUUAGUGGACAGCCCAAGGUGUGAAAGCCCACUCUCAUCCUUUGAUUACUCAGAUUCAGAUGAUACACCACGCCGUCCCCCAAGACCACGACGAAAGAAAACACUUCUUGGAACCCAAAUGGCCUCACUUGAUUCAUCUGUAUCCGGUGAUGUAUGCUCAAGUCCUUGUAAUUUAGAGGAAUGUCGCUCCAAAGAAAAUAUGGGUGCUUUUCAGGGAUCUGAUUUACAUAAUGUCUCUUCUUGCUCCAAAAAUCCUCCAACAAAACCGAAACGCAAAACUAUACCACGAGUGAACAGAAGUUUGUCUGAUGUGUCUAGCUCUUCUUCAUUUGUGCUUCAUGUAGAUAAUCAAACAGAGGCCAAAGCCUAUUUUCUUAAUGGCCAGGCUGUUCAUAGCCCUGUUGCUUCAGAAAAAGAAGAGUCUGUCAUGGGCCGUAGCCAGACAAGUGAAGCCAUUAUGUCUCCAAUCCCAUCAUCCCCUUCCAGUCCUCUACAUAGUCAACAUAUCAAAUCUUGUGAUGAAGUGUUCAAGCGUGUGAAUCCAUUUAACAAAGAUGUAAAUCCAGUAAGUGAAGGCCCAGAUUAUCAUUGUGAAUCAAAGUCACAACGGUCAACAUCUGUGAAGCAAUCAGCAGAUGUUCUCACUCCUAUUCUACCUGUUAAAAAUAACAAGAUGCCUCUGAUGAAAUUAAAGCCGACGCGAAAGGCUCCUCCACCUCCGAUGUUUGGUCAGAGCCCUUUGGCCUCUAGUUCUCUCCCAGGCUCUUGCUCUGGUAAGGAGCUCAAUAACAACAAACCAGAAAUUACUCAGACUGAUAUCCUUGAAAACGAAACAACCAAGACUUUGGUGAAAGACAAAAAUUCAGAAAACGAGUAUGAGAUUCUUCCAGCAGAUAAAGAAGAGGAUGUGGAAUCCACUGCAUCAAGUGCCACUGAUCAUCUUGAAGGAAAGGAGAGUUGCUCACAGAAUUCACAGGACAAAGAACAGGUUAACAAGAGCUCUGUGUCAGCUCCUGCUGUUCCACCCCGCUUAUCCACAAGUCGGAAGAGCGUCCUUGAAAUGACCCCGCCACCACCGCCAAAUGCACCUCCAAGGACACGGAAGAUAAAUGGAAAACAAGAGGAAGACGAUGGAUACAUUUACCCAGAGGAUGUGCCUGUUGAGUUUGCAGAAUCAAAAUUGUGGCCAGAAAAUAAGAUUAUCCGUCCUCAGUCUGCUUUUGUUGGUGUUCAAGAUUCUUCCAGGGUUGAAAUGUCCGAGCUUAGUAGUUCUCCUAAGACUGCCGUUAAAUACAAGCAUUUGAGUCUAUUGAGUGAAGGAAGUAGCCAAUCAGACCACAGCUCAGAAGGCCCUCAACGGAUAUCCUCCUUUAUAUUGGACAGAAGCAGCAGUGAAGAAUCCCUGUGUGAAAGGGAAGCAUCAGAGGGGAAGAGUAAGAAACGAGAGAAGAUAUACUACAUUGUGGAAGAAAUUGUCCAGUCUGAAAAGGUUUUCGUGGAUGUCCUGAAGUUGAUGAAUGUGGACUUCCGCCUUGCUGUAUCAGCCGCAACAGAAAAGGCAGGGAAACCAGUGAUUGCUGCAGACACAUUGAACAAAAUCCUCAACUUCUUGCCACAGCUCCAGAAUUUUAAUGAAGACUUGCUCAAGGAUUUCACAGAAAGAUUAGAAAAUUGGGAUGAGGAGAAAAAAGUGGCUGACAUAUUUGUGAAGAAAGGUCCAUUUUUAAAACUCUACACAGCAUACAUCAAGGACUUUGAGCAUAUGACUGAGCUGCUUCAUGAGUCCUGUAAGAAAAACCCAGCAUUUGCAGCUGUUGUUAAAGACUUUGAGAUGACUCCAAAGUGUGCAUCCUUAGCUCUCCAACAUUAUAUGCUCAAACCAGUUCAGAGAAUUCCACAAUACAGACUACUUUUUAGGAAGGUGUAUUAUAAGAAGCACCUGACCCCUGAUUCUCCAGAUUACAAAGACACUAACACGGCUCUCUCUAUCGUCAGUGAAGUAGCGGACCAUGCAAAUGAGAGUAUGAGAUAUGGGGACAAAAUACAGAAGCUGUUAUCCAUCCAGCACUCUCUCAUCGGAAAGUUUGAAGUGAUAAAGCCAGGACGUGUUUUGCUUAAACAAGGGGAAUUACUCAAGCUGUCAAGAAAAGAGAUGCAGCCUAGGAUGUUCUUCCUGUUCAGUGAUGUUCUUCUUUAUGCCACACCUAUGGCUGGAGGUUACAAGCUUAAUAAUGUGUUGUCAUUAACAAGUAUGAAGGUUGGUGAUGAGAAUCAAGAGGACUACAAGAAUGAAUUCAGUAUCAUCAGCAUACAAAGGUCAUUCACUCUUGCAACAAGGACAGCAGAGGAGAAAGAAGAAUGGCUUUCAGCCCUGAGGAAUGCCAUCAAAGAGCACUCUCAUAAACGAAGCACAUUUCAAUUUGGUCAUCAUAGUUCCCAGCCAGAUUUGAACCGUGAUUUCACCCUGGGUAGUAAGGCACCAGUCUGGAUUCCAGACUCCAGAGUUACUAUGUGCAUGAUGUGUACGGUGGAGUUCACAGUUACUUGGAGGAGGCACCACUGCCGUGCCUGUGGAAAGGUUGUCUGUGGCAGCUGUUCUGACAACAAGGCACCUUUGCAAUACUUGGAAUACAAAGCUAGUCGAGUCUGUGAUGAAUGUUAUGAAAAUCUACAAGAUGACAUAGAAGAGAAGAGCAAAAGUCUUGGGCGGGGUGAAGCCCUGGACACAUCAGACACCACUGGGUUAAGCAUGGCCAGUCUUAAGGCCAGGUUUAUGAAAAUCCGCAGAAGUGCAAGGACUCUGAGAGGAUCAGGGGCAAAACGACGACCAGCUGUCCUGAAAGAGGUUCAUGCCACAGAUGAGGGGUCCACAACAAGUGGUUAUCUGAAGCAGCAGAAAGGAAGAAAAUGGCGAAAACUUUGGUUUGUACUGAAAGACAAGGUCUUGUACGCCUACAAAGCCAGCAAGGAUAUGGCUGCUAUAGAGAGCUACCCACUCUUGGGAUAUGAGAUCGUAAAGAUGACUGAAUCAUAUGAUGGUGUAGAUCCGGGCCUGGUUUUUCAGUGCAAACACAGAAACACUGAUCCACUUGUCUUCAGAACUGACAACACUGCUACAACUGAUAGGUGGGUUGAACUGAUGACAGAUGCUUCAGUUGCCUGACUUCUGCCUCAGAUCUCUAACCUUUCACAUACAUACCAGUAUACCAAGUGAGAAGUACGAAAAUGUUUCGAAACAUUUCUCAGAUGGGAUAUAAGUCUUUAGAGUCCAUAUCAACAGAAACAUGCAGAUCCUAGUCUCUGCGAAUGAACAUGUGAACAUCGAAUAGGCUAACCAUAACACUGUCUUGAAUCUAAACAUCCAUAAGGGCAGGCCAUAUGCCUACAUGUAUUGUACCUGAAUUGCACCUCAAUGUAAAUGGCAGAAUGGUAAUUCUUUCCCAGAACCUAUGUUACAUGUUAAUAGCAGAAAGUGAGACUAACAAUUUUCCGGAUAAAAGCAUUAUUUGUUUUCAUAGUGGGCCAGAUGCAGAGUGAACUAUUCCUAAUUCUUAUAACACUGAGUAUUUCUUACAUAUAGUCAUAAGGCUAGCUUGUUAUUUGAAUUUGCCACGUGGUCAAAAGACUUGCUUGUUAUUUGAAUUUCCAACAUGUGGUCUAAAGGCUAGCUUGUUACUUGACUGCCUACAUGUUCUGUCAUUUCUGUCAUUUGCCUUUGGUACUGCAUGUACAUGUCAAACAUCAAACUGCCAAAAACCAUACAGUCUAAACAUUUUCCUUGAUGUUAAUUGCACAAUUAUGACAUUUUAUGUCUGAAGAUUUGUGGCAAACCAUUCUAAGGUGCACUAUUUGUUUAAAUGUAUACGGAACAUUCAGGGAUAUACACCUAUAUAACUACAUGUACAGGUAGAGUGUAUUCUCAGUGUUGGCGUACAUGUGUACAUGUGUAUAUAGCAUAGAGUGGUAAACACCUACAUUAAGUGUCUGCAUGAUACAUGUUACAUUGUAGCUUCUUCAGUACAUGCUACAUUGUGGCUUCCCUAAUACAAGUACACCCAUAUAAAAAAUAAAGGUUAUAGUAUACUCCUGUUCUUUUUCAAACUCUGGAUCUCUGCAAAUCAUUGCUUUGAUAUGUAGAUGUCGCAGGUUGUGAAACAUUCCAAAGUAGUGCUAUGGGCUUGUCUGAAAGAAAGCAGAAGUCUUCUCUGUCCAUGCUGAUGUAACCAUCUGAUUGUAAAGCUUUGUGGAUUUUUGUUUUAGUUUGAUGUUUGAUUUCUACUCCAUUUUUGGCUUACUUAAUCCCAAAAUGGAACAUUAUCUGGUGGUGGAUCAGGAAAGGCUACAUGUAAUUUGUACAGCUAUGAGUAUCACUGUAUUUAUACAAAUUUAGUACCAUCUAUUAAACAGUUCAAGUUUAUGAAAAUAAGAAUUAUAGAAUUAUGAUCAUGUGCAUGCAAAUACUCUUAUGAAAAAUUUUAUGGAAAUAUGAACAUGAAACUUUGUUGUGAAAUUACUCAUCAGGUAUUAAGCCAAGGAAGUGUUUUUGUUAAAAAAAAUGUUAUAUAGUUUUAAUUUAUUUUUUUUAUGCCAAGGUAUAAAAGAACUGUUUCAUGUUUUAAUAGUUAUUUUUCUUUUUUCUUCUUUUCUUCGUUAUAAAAACACUGAUAUUAAUCAUGUCAUUUCACUCCUCCACUGUUUAUUAGUUCCACUUUUGGUUUUAGUGCUACACUUAUUCAGUUGUAUAUCUGACUCAUACUCAGCUGUCUUUGGUUUAGAAGAUUUUGUCUAGUGUUUUCAGAAAGGAGCUAACAUUCUUGUGAAUGUCACCACAGGGUGUGAAAUAUUGGAUGUGUAAAAGUGUAUUAAAAGUUAAGUAAGACUUAAAUCUUAAUGCAAAUCUUGUCCUAGUCAAUGUAUACGAAACUGUUGGAACUGUUACACUUGUAUAGUUUUGAAGAACUUAACAGUACAGUUCGUACUAUGACCCAGCAUGUUUGAGAAACAGAAAAGGCUACUUAUGACAUGCAUUUCUACUUAUGUUGAAAGUCACUUGAUAUAAAUUUCAUUAACAUUUAUUUAUGAACCCAUGAAAAUAUAUUAUGGAAGGAAAUAAAUUUCUACAAGAAAACCAGUUGAUAAAUAAGAUUAUGAAUGCCUUGUAGACUUUGUAAUAGUGAAUGCUUUACAUGUGUGCUCUUUAUCCUGAAUCAUAAUACAUUCUGUACUACAAGGUGAUCAUUAAAUUUUUGUUUACAUAAUGUUAAAAUAUUGUUGUGCUCUGCUUGUUGAGAAAAAAAAAAUGACUGUGAUGGUGCAAUGCUUUUUUCAUACUUGUAAAGUAUUUAAUACAUGUACAUUUAUAUGGUAAAGCAUAAACAAGAGCAUGGGUUGACAUGUAUUUGGAUAUAUUGUGAAUUAGUGUUGGAAAAAUAUGUAGCAGAAAGUCUUUAUUUAAAGGAACUUUUAACUGCAAUAACCUAUUAAAAGAGCUAAUACAAUUUUUAUUUUUGAGUAUAGGAUAAACCCAUAAAACAUUUUGUUGUUACCUGUGUCUGUUUACCAUACUAGUACGUUGUAUAUUCCCCAGUGCUAUGUUCGUGUGUGUGUAUUUCCUUGGCCAUCAAUCUACAGAGUAUUAACGUCCCCCCAUGUUUACAAUGGGUUAGAGGGGAUAGCACCAAGUAUGUAGUACUGGUACCUAGAGUACAGGUGCAUUUGUCAUUAAAUUCUAGGUGCCUCUCAAGUGAAUAUUCCCUGUGAGGCCUGGCUUAGUAUAUUUCCAUAAUAUUCUGGUCACAAUCAGGCUUUGUUACACUGGACUAUUUAAGUUUGUCUGCACUGGAUAUACCGUAUAUUCCCAAAUUUCUCCAUCAGCCUCACUCACCUACAGCUUACAACCAUCUGCUGCCCAUUAUAAACCAGAAUAUGACCUACACAUAUUUAGGUAGCCUGUGGGGCAUGAAUCACAGAUGAAAUUGGCCAUAAUUGGCAAGGCCAAUUACUACAUGUAUGUCCAGCCAUUUAUCAUUGGUUGUUGAGUAGUAGGUGUAAAUAAUUGUAGACCUACUGUUACAUGUAUAUUUAGAUAUGCAUAAUCAUCAUAAUUUCUGUUUGUUUGCUUGUGUAUCCCAUGCAGGAUUUACAUAUAUAACAUUUAUUCAUGUGCCAAAAUAUGUGCUUA